CAGUCUUGAUCAGCGAUGGCAGCAGCCGUGAGAAGAUUGGACGCUCUUUUCAGAGAUUUGAAGUUCGACGAUUCACGACGGUACUCGGUGCCGGCGGAGAUCAUCGAGGUGACGACCCAGGUUGACAAGAACUGCGACGUCCACGGUGGUCGCCGCGGUUCGUCCGGCAGCGUCGUCAUUCACCGGCGUGGAUCCGUUUCAGUUCCUACGACCGAAGGGAUGCCGCCGGCGGCGUGUCUCCGCCGUCGGGAUUCUCUCGUCCUCGGGGGCGGCAGCGCGUCCGUUCUAUGCCAUCCGUCGUCUUUUCCGAGCACCCUCCGCAAAGACUCUCUCAGCCCGGUCCCUCACCAGCAAAGGAGGGAUUCCCUUUCGAGGAGGAGAUUCUCGACGGAUUCCUUGGAGGGACUGAGGAGGAACUCGUGGGAUCCGAGCAGACGAGGUUCUUCUGGGUCCUCCGUUGGAUGUGACGAUCCUAUCUUGGAAGAGCCGAACACAAAGCCGAAGGCUGGAAGGCAACAACCGGAACCGAACGACAACAGGCCGAGAUUUGUUGCAGUAACCACACUCGAAGAUGUACAAGCCGUCAGAUGUGCGGAAUUCCACCCUCACGGGAACGUCUACGCUGUCGGGUCAAACUCGAAAACACUACGCAUAUGUGCCUAUCCAAAACUUUCCGACCUCAGAGAGGAUCACACGACAUACCAACCGACAGUUUUGUUCAAAAGGACCAGACACCACAAAGGGUCCAUUUACUGUAUGGCUUGGACACCAAUUGGCGAUCUCAUGGCUACGGGGAGCAACGAUAAAACUGUUAAAUUGAUGAGGUUUAAUUCAGACACUUCAAAUUUGGAAGGUCAAGAAAUUGAAUUGACGAUGCACGAUGGCACUGUGCGUGAUGUCUGCUUCUUAGAAGACGCAUCAAACAAAUCGUCCCUUUUGAUCAGCGGAGGAGCUGGAGACUGCAAGAUUUAUGUUACGGACUGUGCCACAGGACAGGCAUACCAAGCACUCAGCGGACAUGCUGGCCAUGUCCUUUCGUUGUACAACUGGGGCGGAGCCAUGUUUGUAAGUGGAUCUCAAGACAGGACUGUUCGAUUUUGGGAUUUAAGAACAAGAGGCUGUGUCAAUGUUGUUACUCCUGUCACUUCACCACAAUCCAGGCAAGGAAAUGCUGUAGCAGCUGUUUGUGUGGAUCCAUCAGGACGUCUUCUAGUUUCUGGACAUGAAGAUUCAGCAUGUGUCCUGUAUGACAUAAGAGGAGGAAGGAGCCUCCAAUGCUUCAAACCGCAUACUUCAGAUGUCAGGUCUAUCAGGUUCUCCCCCAGUGCCUAUUAUCUGCUUACAGCCGGUUAUGACAACAAGCUAGUCCUCACUGAUCUUCAAGGUGAUCUAACCACAUCUUUGCCAAGUGUUGUCGUUGCUCAGCACUCCGAUAAAGUAAUAUCUGGGAGGUGGCAUCCAACCGAGUUUUCAUUCUUAAGCACCAGCGCAGACAAGACAGCAACUCUUUGGGCGCUUCCGCCACUAUAACAGGGCAUCGACCUGUUUGUUGUUUUAUUAUUAUUGUUGUUUUUCAAUGACACCUAACACUGUAUUAUAACUAACUAUAAUAUGUAUAUAAUGUAUAAUUUAGGUGGUUCAAUUUUAAUCUGUAACUACAGUACCGAUUUUUGACAAACAAACAAAAAGUGGCGUGUGAAAAUUUUGUUGGUACAAAUGUUUUUUUGCCACCAGAAACUGGUGCAGUAAUUAAAUAUAGUGAUCGACUGAAAUAUAAAAAAAAUAUAUAUAUAAAAAAUUUAGCUUCUGAAAUGUUGCCAAAAUCUGUAUAUUUUAUAGUAAAUAUAUAUAUAAAGACAAUUAAUACAUAAUUUUAAAAAAGUAUGCUUUUUGUAAUAUAUUUGAACUUUACAGUUUAUGUAUCUGUUUUUUCUUACUAGUCGGGGUAACAUUUUCUGCAAUGUUUAUUGUUUUUGUUAUUUAUGUUUCUACAUAUUUUUUUUUUUUAAAUAAC